AUAAACAAUAUCUUCAAGACAGUGAAAAAUCAUUAAAAUAUAAAACAGCUUCAUGAGACAGUGUGAGGACAAAACCUGCGAAAUAUUCUGUCUGAUUCAGUUUUUUUUCCCAGUUUGUUGAUGGUAGCCUGCCACGGCUCGACCGUGAAGCAGCGUCGGUUCCCUGAUGACUUUCUCUUCGGAGCUGCAACUGCCGCAUACCAGAUCGAGGGAGGAUGGGAUGCAGAUGGAAAGGGUGAAAGCAUCUGGGACAGGUUAGUCCAUACCAACUCUACAAUUGUACAAGACUUAACCACCGGUGACGUCACUGCUGACUCCUACCACAACUACAAGCGUGAUGUCGAGAUGAUGAGGGAGUUAGGCCUGGACGCUUACAGGUUCUCCCUCUCUUGGUCUCGGAUCCUCCCUACAGGCAUGGCCAAUGAGGUCAACCCAGCUGGCGUUGCUUACUAUAAUAACCUUAUCAAUGAGAUGGUGAAAUACAACAUCACCCCAAUGGUCACCCUCUACCAUUGGGAUCUUCCCCAAAAACUGCAGGACUUGGGGGGAUUUAUGAACCCCUUGUUUGUUGAUUGGUUUGAAGACUACGCGAGGAUUGUCUUUGAGAACUUUGGAGACAGAGUUAAGCUGUUUAUCACGUUCAACGAGCCCAGAGAGAUCUGCUUUGAGGGUCUUGAAGAUAUGAACAAGGCUCCCCUUCUGAAUACCACUGGUAUCGGUGUUUACUUAUGUGCUAAGCACUUGGUCUUGGCUCACGCUAGGGCCUACCAUUUGUACAAUAAUGAGUUCAAGCCAACUCAGGGAGGACAGUGUGGUAUUACAAUCAGCGUAAACUGGUUUGAAGCAGAUACUGACACUGAAGAAGAUUUGUUCGCAGCUGAGCUUAUGAGGCAAGUUCAGUGGGGUAUCUAUGCUGAGCCUAUAUUUUCGACUGAAGGUGGUUUUCCAAAGGAGUUAACUGCAAGAGUAGCAGAGAAAAGUGCACAACAGGGAUUUCCGCGCUCUCGUCUGCCAGAAUUCACUGAAGAAGAAAAAGCUUUUGUCAAGGGAUCAUCAGAUUUCUUCGGCGUAAAUCAUUACACAACUAUGAAAGUAUCAGCGACUAAAAACAAAUCAUAUUUCACAGCGCCAUCUAUGAUGGAUGAUUUAGAUGUUGGGUACUUCUGGCCUGAGGAUUAUCCUGCGUCAGCUUCUCCUUGGCUGAAAAUGGCGCCUAACAGCAUCUACCACGCCUUAACCCACCUGAAGGAGAGGUACCACAACCCAGCGAUCUACAUCACAGAAAAUGGAUGGGCCACUUACCCUGACAGUGGCUUGAUAGAUGAUGACAGGAUUACAUACUACAGAGCUGCAUGGGAGAGUGCCCUAAAUGCUCUGGAUGCUGGAGUCAACCUGAAGGGGUACAUGGUGUGGAGUUUGUUGGAUAACAUGGAAUGGCUGGAGGGAUACGUAGCAUGUUUCGGCCUGUACCAAGUGGACUACCAAGAUCCAGCUAGCACACGCACCGCUAGGAAGUCCGCGUUUGUCUACAAGCACCUCAUCAAGAAUCGCUACAUCGAUUACGAAUAUGAACCGAAGUCUUUAACCAUGACUAUUGAUGACGGAUUUUAAUUAUAAUGUAAUGCGAAAAACGUACUUGAAUUAAUGUUAUUAUAAUCUAUAAUAAAUAUAUUAUUAUAAUGCUGCAAAGUUUGUUUGU